AGUUUGCUAGAGGAACAUUUUAAAUCUGAAUUGAACCACCCAUUUUCCUUUCUUAGCCAAAUCACCAAAAUGUGCAGUUAGAACAAGAAUUUAGCAUUCUGCAAAAGAAGUUAACAGCUGAGGGUCAUUUAUCUUCACUGUGUACCAAGUGGUAGAGGAGUAAGCAAUGAAAACUAUUUGGAUAUGCUGAAAAGGUAAGGAGGAAAUAUUCUGAAAUGGAUCCCAAAUAUUUCAUCUUAAUUUUGUUUUGUGGACACCUGAACAAUACAUUUUUUUCAAAGACAGAGACGAUUACAACAGAGAAGCAGUCACAGCCCACCUUGGUCACAUCAUUAAUGUCACAUGUAUUGGCUAAUUCUCAAAACACAACAGGGAAUCCUUUGGGUCAACCAAUGCAAUUCAACGACAUUUCUUCUAGACAAUCAGUAUCACCUGCCAAAGUCACUGCUGGACAACCAACACCAGCUGUCUAUAUCUCUUCUGAAAAACCAGCAGCACAUACUUCUGCUGGACAACCACUUGCCUACAACACCAACCAACCAACACCAAUGGCCAACACCUCCUCCCAGCAAGCUGUGUUCACCUCUGCCAGACAACUACCAUCUUCCCAUACUUCUACCACACAACCACCAACGCCAUUUGUCUACACUUUCACUCAACAAUCAUCAACUGUCCAGAUCCCUUCUACAAAACUAAUAACACCAACGGUUCAUAAUCCAUCCACACAACCAAUAUCAACUGUCAAAAAUUCACCUAGGAGUACACCAGGAUUUAUCUUAGAUGUUACCAGUAACAAACAAACUCCACAAAAAAACAAUUAUAAUUCAACAGCUGCCAUACUAAUUGGUGUACUUCUGACUUCCAUGUUGGUAGCUAUAAUCAUCAUUGUACUUUGGAAAUGCUUAAGGAAACCAGUUUUAAAUGAUCCAAAUUGGGCAGGUAGAUCUCCAUUUGCUGAUGGAGAAACCCCUGACAUUUGUAUCGAUAACAUCAGAGAAAAUGAAAUAUCCACAAAACAUACCUCAGUCAUUUCACUUACACCCUGGAAACCAAGCAAAAGCACACUUUUAGCAGAUGACUUAGAAAUUAAGUUGUCUGAAUCAAGUGAAAACACUGAAGACUCCAACAACCCCAAAACAGAGAAAACAAAAGAUCAAGCAAAUGGUACAUCAGAAGAUAGUGCUGAUGGAUCAACAAUUGGAACUGCUAUUUCUUCUUCAGAUGAUGCAGAUCUGCCUCCACCACCUCCCCUUCUGGAUUUGGAAAGACAGGAAAGUAACCAAUCUGACAAACCCAUAAUGACAAUUGUAUCUCCUCUUCCAAAUGAUUCUACUAGUUUCCCUCCAUCUCUGGACUGUCUCAAUCAAGACUGCGGAGAUCAUAAAUCUGAGAUAAUACAAUCAUUUCCACCCCCGCCUGACUCACUUAACUUGCCCAUGCCACCGGUAGAUUUUAUGAAAAAUCAAGAAGAUUCCAACCUUGAGAUCCAGUGUCAGGAGUUCUCUAUUCCUCCCAACUCUGAUCAAGAUCUUAAUGAAUCUCUGCCACCUCCACCUGCAGAACUGUUAUAAAUAUUACAACUUGCUUUUUAGCUGAUCUUCCAUCCUCAAAUGACUCUUUUGUUUUUCUUUAUAUGUUAACAUAUACAAAAUGGCAACUGAUAGUCAAUUUUGAUUUUUAUUCAGGAACUAUCUGAAAUCUACUCAGAGCCCAUGUGCACAGAUGAAACAUUUUUUUUAAAAAGUUAUUUAACAGUAAUCUAUUUACUAUAGUUCCUAUCUUUAAAGUAUAGUACAUUUUACAUAUGUAAAUGGUGUAUGUUUCAAUAAUUUAAUCACUCUGAAACAAUCUACAUAUACUUAUUAUUACCCCAGUACAGUUUUUUUUUUCCCUGAAAAGCUGUGUAUAAACUUAUUGUGAAUAAACUUUUAUGUUUCCAUUUCAAAGACUGGGGUGGAGAGGAAUAAGAGACUAAGUAUACACUCCAAGUUUUAAAUUAAUACCUCAAGUAUUAAAUAAAUAUUCCAAGUUUGUGGGAAUGGGAGAUUAAAAUGCAUGUUUGAGAAUAGAGAAACUUUCUUCUUGGUUUCAUCACGAAGAGUAAAGCAAACAUGUUAAAACAUCAACUGAAGGGUUGGGUUAAAGACAUUUACCCUGAAAAAAAUAUGAGGAUACAUCAUAAAAUGUAAAUAUUUUCCUAUCAUGUCGUGGGGAGGCACAAAUUUUAAAACUAGCAUCUUUAAAACGUUUCUUCUUUAUAAACACCCAAACAAAAUCAAGUUUUAUAAAGAAAAAAAAGAAAAAGAAGACUAUGGUUUCAUUCUAAAUACGGGUGAUUUUGGGUGAUUUUUUUUCAG